AUGCAACCAAUUUUCUCUGCCAUAUCAGAUAGACUGUUUAGAUUCCCUCAGUCAGAUCUUCUAUGUGCAACCUUGUUUGACGUUCUUCUUGGUGGUGCAAGCCCUAAACAGGUUUUACAGAAACAUAACCAACUUGAUCAGCAGAGAAGCAGGGGGAAUAACUCUCAGUUCUUUCUUCCUCAGAUUUUGGUUCUCAUUUUCAGAUUCCUGUCUGGCUGUGAGGACGUAACUGCAAGGACAAAAAUAAUUAGUGAUUUACUUGAUCUUCUUGAGUCAAAUCCUUCGAACAUUGAAGCUUUGAUGGAACAUGGAUGGAAUGCGUGGUUAGUUGCUUCAGUGAAGCUUGAUGCGUUGAGAACUUACAAAGUAGAGUCACAAACUUGCACUGACAGUGAAGUGAAUGAGCAGAGUUUAGUGAGGAAUUUAUAUUGCAUUGUUCUUUGUCAUUAUAUGCAUUCUGUGAAAGGUGGUUGGCAACAUCUAGAGGAGACUCUGAAUUUUUUGCUUAUACAAUGUGAACAAGGUGGCAUCUCAUAUCGGUACCUGCUUCGUGAUAUAUAUGAGCACUUAAUUCGGAUGCUGAUAGAUUUAUCUUUGGUGGACGGUAUUUUUGUCACACAGCCAUGUCGAGACAAUACAUUAUACCUUCUGAAACUAGUUGAUGAGCUGUUGGUCUCUGAAAUUGAUCAUAAGCUUCCGUUUCCCGCAAGUAGCUCAGAUUUUUCUCCUGAAUUUUUAGAACUACAAAGUCACAAGGAUCUUGGUUCUGCUUUGUGUGAGGCCUUGCAAGGAGAAUUUGAUGAUCAAUGCAGAAACCCAUUGGUACAGAAGCAGCCUGUGACAACUGAAGAUGAGAGAAUUGAUGAUGAGUGGUGGAAUUUGUAUGACAAUGUGUGGAUCAUUAUUAGUGAGAUGAAUGGGAAGGGACCAAGCAAGAUGUUACCCAAAUCUUCAUCAGCGGCAGGGCCAUCAUUUGGCCAAAGAGCUCGUGGUUUGGUAGAAUCACUGAAUAUACCUGCUGCAGAAAUGGCUGCAGUUGUUGUAUCUGGGGGAAUUAGCAAUGUGUUGGGUGGAAAACCGAAUAAAAAUGUUGACAAGGCUAUGCUACUAAGAACGGACAAGUGCCCAAGAAUUGUUUUUCGACUGCUGAUCCAAUAUCUGUGUAAAUCUUCUCUUGAAAGGGCAUCUCGGUGUGUACAACAGGCCAUUCCCCUUCUGCCUUGUCUUCUGGCUGCUGAGGACGAGCAAAGCAAGAGUAGAUUGCAGCUUUUCAUUUGGGCAUUGCUUGCUUUUAGAUCCCAGUAUGGAAUGCUGGAUGAUGGUGCCCGAUUUCAUGUUGUUUCACACUUAAUUCGAGAAACUGUCAACUGUGGGAAGUCAAUGCUGGCCACCAGUAUUGUAGGCAGAGAUGAUUCAUCAGAGUCGGGACACAAUCCAAAAGAAACUAGCACCAUUCAUAAUUUAAUCCACAAGGAUCAAGUUCUUGUUGCGGUUGCGGAUGAGUUCAAAUAUAUAAAGAAUUCAACAAUAGAUCGCAUCAGGCAGUUGCAAGAUCUUCGGAUUAGGAUGGAAGAAAUUACAUCGGCCGAUUCUUACCAAAAGAAGUUUUUAGAAGAUGAGGUACAGAGUUGCUUAAUCACCAUUCUUGCUUCAGAUGAUAGCAGAAGAGCUUCAUUCCAGCUUGGUCAGGAUGAGGAUCAACAAAUUGUCGCUGAAAAAUGGGUACAUACAUUUCGCACUCUGAUUGAUGAGAGGGGUCCAUGGUCUGCUAAUCCUUUUCCUAACAGUACCAUAACACAUUGGAAACUUGACAAGACAGAAGAUGCAUGGAGACGAAGGCAAAAGUUUAGGCGAAAUUAUCAUUUUAAUGAAAAGCUUUGUCACCCUCCAUCCACUACAUCUAGCAAUGAGGCUCUUCAACCUAUUAGUGAAAGCAAAACUGGUUUUGGUUUUGGGUUGCAUAUUCCUGAGCAGAUGAAGCAGCUCUUACUGAAAGGAAUUCACAGGAUAACUGAUGAGGGGCUGUCAGAACUCAAUGACAAUGAUGCUGAACCUAGCGGGCAAAAGGAGCCUGGAGCCGAGGAUCCACAAGAUAGACAGUGCUCUGAG